AUGGGUCCCUUGUUGUCUUGUUCAUCAACAAAUGCCAAAGCCAGCCACCCCCUCUCCGGGCUCCAACCCCUCCCAAGUAAGAAGGGCUUCUCUGGAAGCAGGGACCCAGGCCACAAGAGGACUCAGGUCGGCCCACUGACCCUGGUUCUUUCGCCUCUGACCCUCUCUUCUUCACCAGGCAUCUCCCAGGAUUAUCCCAAGAUCCUCAAUGGCACCAAUGGGACCAGUGGGUUUCUCCCAGGUGGCUACACCUGCCACCCCCACUCUCAGCCCUGGCAGGCAGCCCUGCUAGUGAAAGGGCGGCUGCUCUGUGGAGGAGUCCUGGUCCACACCAAAUGGGUCCUCACUGCAGCACACUGUCUGAAGGAUGGCUACAGAGUUUACCUGGGCAAGCAUGCCCUGGGGCGUGCGGAGACCGGCGAGCAGGUGAAAGAGGUGGUCCGCUCCAUCCCCCACCCUGAGUACCAGAGCAGCCCCACCCACUUGAACCAUGACCAUGACAUCAUGCUGCUGGAGAUGGAGACCCCGGUCAAACUCACCAACCACAUCCGCGUCCUGGCCCUUUCCCACAGCAACUGCCUACCUCCUGGCACCUGCUGUCGUGUGUCCGGCUGGGGCACCACCACCAGCCCCCAGGUGAGUUACCCCAAAACUCUGCAAUGUGCCAACAUCGAGCUGCGCUCGGAUAAGGAGUGUCACCAAGUCUACCCAGGGAAGAUCACAUCCAACAUGCUGUGUGCUGGCACAAAGGAGGGCGGCAAGGACUCCUGUGAGGGUGACUCCGGGGGCCCCCUGGUCUGUAACAAAACGCUGCAUGGCAUCAUCUCCUGGGGAGACUUCCCAUGUGGGCAGCCCAACCGGCCUGGUGUCUACACCCGUGUCUCGAAGUACGUCCCGUGGAUACGCGAAACGAUCCGAAAAUACGAAACCCGGGAACAAAAGUGGACAAAGGGCCCCCAAUAA